AUCAAUUCACUGUCCUUCUUACCGUCCAAAAAAAAAAAUCACUUUCGUGCGACAAAACCGGUUGAUUGUUGCAGCAUUCAUUUUCGUCCUCGCCCCGCCCUAUAUAUUCGUCUCCACCUUCGAAUCCGGUUCUUCACUGCACUGUAACAAAUAUAGUGAGAGAAAAUUCAAACAGAAGAGGGAAGGAUGCCCACCGGAGACGGAGACCAGGCGGGAAACCGGUCACUGGCGACCCGAUUACUCGAUUCCGAUGGAGCAGAAGAGGAGAGCGCGUACGAAUCCGCCGAGAAAGUCCACAUAGUCGGAGUUGACGAGCCGGAAUCGGAGGAGGAGGAGGACUACAGCCGGACGCCGCCGUUCUCGUGGAAAAAGCUCUGGCUCUUCACCGGGCCCGGAUUCCUGAUGAGCAUAGCCUUUCUGGACCCGGGAAACCUGGAGAGCGAUCUCCAGGCCGGCGCAAUUGCGGGCUACUCCUUGCUGUGGCUGCUCCUGUGGGCCACUGUCAUGGGCCUACUGGUCCAGCUUCUCUCGGCCCGAUUAGGGGUGGCCACUGGCAAACACCUAGCGGAGCUGUGCAGGGACGAGUACCCCAGGUGGGCCAGGGUUCUGUUGUGGAUCAUGACUGAGCUGGCCCUAAUUGGGGCCGAUAUUCAGGAGGUGAUUGGUAGCGCUAUUGCUAUCAAGAUUCUUAGUAAAGGCUUCCUGCCUCUCUGGGCUGGUGUUCUGAUUACUGCCUUUGAUUGCUUCAUUUUUCUCUUUCUUGAGAACUAUGGUGUGAGGAAGCUGGAAGCACUUCUUGCUGCCCUUAUUGCUGUCAUGGGGCUCUCCUUUGCAUGGAUGUUUGGAGAAACAAAGCCCAGUGGUGUUGAGCUUCUUCUUGGUAUUUUGGUCCCAACACUUGGCUCCAAAACAAUAAAGCAAGCAGUAGGGGUUGUGGGGUGCAUCAUCAUGCCUCACAAUGUGUUUUUGCAUUCUGCUUUAGUGCAAUCCAGAGAGGUGGACACCCGGAAGCCGGGCAGAGUCCAAGAAGCCCUAAAUUACUACUCAAUUGAGUCGGCAGCUGCCCUUGCAAUUUCCUUUUGCAUCAACCUAUUUGUCACAGCUGUCUUUGCCAAGUCAUUCUUUGGAACUGACCAGGCUAAUAGCAUUGGUCUUGGGAACGCCGGGCAGUAUCUUCAGGACAAGUAUGGUGGAGGGCUGUUCCCCAUUAUUUUCAUUUGGGCUAUUGGGUUAUUGGCGGCAGGGCAGAGCAGUACUAUCACAGGUACAUAUGCCGGGCAGUUUAUAAUGGGAGGCUUUCUUCAUAUGCAGUUGAAGAAAUGGCAAAGGGCAUUGAUAACCCGAAGCUGUGCUAUUAUCCCAACUCUUAUUGUUGCACUUGCUUUUGACACUUCUGAGGACUUGUUAGAUGUUCUAAAUGAGUGGCUCAAUGUUCUUCAGGCAAUCCAAAUCCCUUUUGCCCUCAUUCCCCUUCUCUGUCUAGUCUCAAAGGAACAGGUCAUGGGUGUUUUCACUAUUGGCCCUAUUGUCAAGGUGAUAUCAUGGCUUGUGGCUACCUUCCUGAUUGCAAUCAAUGGGUACCUUAUGGUAGACUUCUUCUUAUCAGAAGCUAGAGGAGUGGCUUUCACAUCUGCCAUAUUCACAUUCACAGCUGCAUAUGUUGCAUUCAUAAUCUACCUUAUUUCGCGGGAAAUUCCAUUUUCCAAAAACAAGAGGGCAGCAUCACAUAUGUAGGAAAUUCGUUCAAGAAUUUCCUUUUUAUUAUUAUUUUACCAAUCGGAGGAGUAUUCAAGACUGAAGAGCGGCCAGACCGGACCGGACUUUGCUGGGUAAGAAUGAAGAAAAACUUGGCCACUGAAAGCUAUGUAUAACAUGUCAUGAUGACCCCGGAAGAGUUGUAUUGGCACUGGUAGUAUCUAUUCAGGUACGUGAUACUUUGGGGUGUCAUGUUCUCCAUUUAGCUGAAAUAAUGAGGCAAAACUGUGUUUUGUUUUUUAUAUUUACGACUGUAUUUGGUGAUCAGAUUAUAUGUAUGUUUGACCGAUUAUCUUUCUGCUUUUGGCCGGGAACAAUUAGCGUUUUAGAUCAUUUUUUAAUAGUGCAGAUUAAAUUUGAAAAUGCCAC